UUCUCCUUGAUGACGAUCCGACGGCGAUCCGCUAGUCACGCUCGUGAUCCGCUCGUGAUCGAAGCAGCCGAUUUCACCGGCGUGCGAGAAGCUGGGCGGUUCGCGCGCAUUUCUUCUCUAAGAAAAAUCUUGCCUCUCUUAUCGGAUCGAUUUGACACAACUGCAGCAAAAUACGGUAUACUCUUCCACGCCCAUGUUAACGCGAGAGUUAUGAAUCGUUUGCGAUAUUGAUACGAGAUCCAGACAGACCUCAACUAGCGAAUCCCCAGCUAAUCGCUUAAGUGUCUCGGUCGAUUCGUCACGAUGGGCAACGGAAACUCCAAAGACAAUAACGUGCAACGAAACGGCAGGAUGACCCAGAGCAGUAACCAACCCGACUGUAGCAAGAUUAAAACGUCAACCAUGUCGAGCUUGGAACGCGAUCAGCUGGGCCAACGAGGAAACGGCGACGCGAUCUGCGCCGGCCUUCUGCGUGGCCUCGAUCACAUUAGAGAUCCGCACUUGAACAAGGGUAUGGCGUUCACCAUUGAGGAAAGGCAGAUACUAGGUAUACAUGGUCUUCUACCGGCAGCCGUGAAAACCCAAGAAGAACAAUUAGAGCUUUGUCGUCUUAAUCUGGAACGCUACACGGAUGAUCUCUCAAAAUACAUAUAUCUUAUAGGCCUACUGGAUAGAAACGAGAAACUCUUCUACCGUUUGUUGGCAGAAGAUGUAGGUAAAAUAAUGCCGUUGGUGUAUACGCCGACCGUGGGUUUGGCAUGUCAGAAAUUCGGUCUGGUUUACCGUAGGCCGCGUGGCCUCUUCAUAAGCAUCCACGAUAAAGGCCAUGUCUACGACGUCUUGAAAAACUGGCCCGAACACGACGUGCGGGCAAUCGUUGUCACGGACGGCGAAAGGAUAUUAGGACUGGGUGACCUAGGUGCUCACGGCAUGGGCAUUCCCAUAGGUAAAUUGUCAUUGUACACCGCAUUAGCUGGUAUCAAACCCCACCAGUGUUUACCUAUCACUUUGGACGUCGGCACUAAUACCCAGUCUUUGUUGGAUGAUCCCCUGUACAUCGGUCACAGACACAGACGUGUCACUGGGCAAGAUUACGACGAGUUCGUGGACGAAUUUAUGAAGGCUGUCGUGAAACGAUAUGGUCCGAAUACAUUAAUCCAAUUCGAGGACUUUGGGAAUUUUAAUGCGUUCAGAUUGCUUCAAAAGUAUCACAAUAAUUACUGCACCUUUAACGAUGAUAUUCAGGGCACCGCUUCCGUCGCUGUUGCCGGGUUACUGGCAUCACUUCGUGUUACGCAGACAAAGCUCUCAGAGAACACGAUCGUGUUUCAGGGUGCUGGAGAGGCGUCACUAGGUAUCGCGACAUUGUGCAUAAUGACAAUGCUAAAAGAAGGAGUAACUAAGGAAGAAGCUAAGAGUAAAAUCUGGAUGGUAGACUCGAAAGGACUGAUAGUAAAAGAUCGUCCAAAAGGUGGACUAACGGAGCAUAAAUUGCACUUUGCUCGUGAAGAUAAACCAAUCGAUACUCUGUUGGAUGUUGUUAAGACCGCCAAACCUUCGGUUAUUAUUGGCGCAGCUGCUAUCAGGGGUGCCUUCACGACAGAAAUAUUGAGGGAAAUGGCGCGUAAUAAUGACAGACCUGUUAUUUUCGCUCUGAGCAAUCCAACGAGUAAAGCCGAAUGCACUGCGGAAGAAGCAUAUACUGCUACAGAGGGAAGAUGUAUAUUUGCGAGCGGCUCACCUUUUCCACCAGUUACGUAUAACAAUAAAACUUAUUAUCCUGGCCAGGGUAAUAAUAGUUACAUAUUCCCUGGAAUCGCGCUGGCCGCAAUAUGCGCUGGUAUGCGCACGAUUCCCCAGGAGACUUUCCUUAUUGCUGCGACGGCUCUCUCCGAUCUGGUAACGCAAGCCGAUUUGGAUAGCGGCAAUCUCUAUCCACCAUUGGCCGAUAUACAGAAAUGUUCGUUGAGUAUAGCAAGUGCAAUCAUGAAAUAUGCCUACGAAAAAUGUCUAGCGACUGUCUAUCCCGAGCCGGAAUAUUCAGAUUACGAGAGCUUUAUCAAGGCACAAUUAUACGAUCCAAGCUACAAAUCGGCAAUACCUUCACUUUACUCAUGGCCAACAUUAUAAUAUUUUCAUUAAUUUGACAUCUUAAUUUUAUACACGAUUAUUUUGGAUCUAUGGAAGAAUAAUAUACAUAAUGUUGGAGGGAAUUCUUUGGAAAAUGAAUUUUCCUCGCUUUUUUAAAGCCUGUUGAUCGGGCUCAUUUUAUUUUUAGCACUGUAUGUGCGAACGUGACCAAUAUGCAAAUAUAGUUAUUAAAAUUCACAGGAAUGAAUUUAUGUUUAAUG